AUGGCAUUGCGAGCGGCGGAGUGGUGCAAACUACCUACAAGCCUGACGGAGCUGUGCAUCAACACUACAUUGCGCUGUGGACAGUCUUUCAGAUGGCGGAAGUCGGACGACGAUGUAUGGUCAUGCGCCAUACAUGGCCGCAUACUUUCUCUCCGCCAGGACGCUGAAGCCCUUCACUAUCGUGCCACCUUUCCAACCGUCCCUGUCAUCCUGCCCACCCCAUCUCCCUCAACAACACCUUCAGUCGCCGCCGAGCACGAUGAUACCCUUGCUUUCAUAAACCACUACUUCAACCUGGCGCCCAACCUCGGCCAGCUUUACGAACAAUGGGCAGCCUCAGAUGCCAAUUUCAAAAGACGAGCACCAAAGUUCACAGGCAUACGAAUACUGCGGCAGGAUGCUUGGGAGGCCCUGAUAGGCUUCAUAUGCAGUAGCAACAACAACAUCAGCCGAAUAUCAGGCAUGGUGCACAACCUCUGUCUGCACUACGGUCCGCUGAUAGGACAUAUCGACGACGUACCGUAUCACGAUUUCCCAACACCACAAUCGCUUUGCAAACCAGAAGUAGAGGAUCAUCUCAGGAAGCUGGGCUUUGGAUACAGAGCGAAAUACAUUGCGAAAACAGCGCGUAUCGUUGCUGAAGAGAAAGGAGGUCUGGCAUGGCUCGAAGCAUUAAGCAAUCCAGAGUUACCGCAGUUCAGCGUCGAAUCGAAACCUGCUGGCGACCUCCUGGAGGGCGGCAGGGAUGCGUACCGCAAGGCACACGAAGAGCUACUCGUGCUCCAGGGUGUUGGUCCGAAAGUUGCCGACUGUGUCUGCCUCUUCGGUCUCGGCUGGCUCGAAUCCGUACCCGUCGAUACACAUGUCUGGCAGAUUGCGCAGCGUGACUACAAAUUUGGGAAGGGCAAGCACAGCAGUCUGACGGCGGCGACAUACGUUGCGAUUGGCAAUCUUUUCCGCAAGCUUUGGGGAAAGGAAGCAGGAUGGGCCCAUUCUGUUCUGUUUACGGCCGACUUGAAAGCGUUCUCUGACAGAACUGUCGCAAAGACAGAAGUUAAAGAGGAAGAAGUCGUGAUCAAGAAGGAGCAUGACGAGAUCGUGACUGAGGCAUCGAUCAAGCAGGAAACUACAAAGCGCAAGCGUAUCAAGAAGGAGCCAGACGAGAACGAACAUCAAGUCUUGGAAGUUGAGGAGAAGUUCACACGUAGGAGCAAAAGGCAACGAGCGUAG